AUGACUGAAAAAACUCAAUUACAAUCAUUAAUAUGUUCACCCAUAAAUUUAGAAAAUAAUUUUGGAGAUAUUGAAAAUUUAGAAGGAUUAUUUAUAGACAAUUGGAGUAUUCAUGAAGUUAUUGGUAAAGGUGCAUUUGGUUAUGUAUAUAGAUGUUCAACAAAAACAAAAGAUGGAACUUUUCAUGAUGCUGCAAUUAAAUUUGAAAAAAAACAAUCACCAGGUAGUGCAUCUUUUCUUAAAAUGGAAUGUACUAUCUUAUUAAAACUUGCCAAAAUGGGAAAUAUGAAAAAUUUCACAACUUUAUAUAAUACUGGAGAGAGAUGUAAUUUUGAUUAUAUGAUUAUGACAUUACUAGGACCAAAUCUUUUUGAUAUUUGUGCUUUUCUUCCAGGUGAAAAAAUGGAAAUUGGAACAUGGGUUCGUGUUGUGUAUCAGGCAUUAUUAGCAAUACAAUCACUCCAUGAAAUUAAAUAUAUACAUUUAGAUAUUAAACCAGCCAAUUUUGCACUUGGACAUAGGAAUGACUCAAUUCGUUGUCAAAUUUUACAUCUUUUAGAUUUUGGUUUAUCACGAAAAUAUGGAUCACGUACAAAUCCUAAAAUUCCAAUUUACAGUGCUCCUAAACAAGGAAUUGAAUAUGUUGGAACAGUAACUCAUUGUAGUCCAUAUGCACAUUCAAGAGUUGAAUUGUCAAGACGUGAUGAUAUGUGGAGUUGGUUAUUUAUGUGUAUAGAUUUAUAUAAUGAAUUACCAUGGAGAGAAAAACAAGAUGACCAAGAAAUUGAAAAUUUUAAAAAAUCUGCAACAUAUCAACUUUAUUGUGAUUCUCUUCCAAAACAUUGUCACAUAAUAAUUGAUCAUAUAAUGAAACUAGGUACUUAUGAUUAUCCAGAUUAUGAACUUUGUUUUACACACCUUCUAGCUAUUAUAAAAGAUGAAAAUGUAAAAAUAACAGAUCCAUAUCAAUGGGAAUUGUUACCAUUAGAAACUAAAGAAAUAUUAAAACUUUCAUGUGAUUCACAACUAAAAAUAUCACCAAUUUUAGAAAAUAUGCAACAAAAACUUGAUUUAUUAAGUAAAGAAACAAAAUCUGAUUCAAUAGGUGAAAAUUUAAAAACAUUAAGAAUAAAUAAUGUAUUGAUUGGGCAAUUACAAGAUAAAAUAAAUUAUAAAGAAUGUGAAUUAGAAAUAACUCAAGAGGAUGAUUCAAUAAAUGAAAAUAGAGAUAAAAAAAAUAUUCAAAAAAAUACGAGUACUGAAUUAAAGUUAAACAAGAAAAAAAAAGUGGCAAAAGAUCAGGUUGGUAAUUGUAUCAAAAUUCGUUAUGCUAAGAAAAAAGAAAAUGUUCAUGGAGAAAUUCAAAAAGAUGCUAUAAAUAAAAAAUCAACAAACAGUAUUGAAAGGAGAAAAAAUAAAUCACAAAAUAGUAUUGAAAAAGGUAUUAUUUUAAAACAAAAUCAAAAUAAAUCAACAACUAAAAGUAAAAAUAGUCAUAAAAAUGAAAAUGUUCAUAAAGUUUUAGAUGUAUUACCACAAAAAAAGCAUGUUAAACGUCGAAGACAUUUUAAAAAAUUACCAGCUGUUGAUUAUGAUCCAAAUAUAAUGGUAAAAAUUCAAAGACGUUUUAAGGAUAAUAUGUUAGAAAAGUGUAAUGACAAAAUUAAGACAAAUGAAAUUAUUGAAGAAAGAAUACAAAAAGAAAAAAAUCCAAUAAUUAUGAUUGAAAAAAAUAAUGACGAUGACAAAUAA